AUGGCUGCAUGCAUAGUUGAAGAGGCAUCGGCUGCAACACCAAUUCAUUGUCAGACAACAAAUAUCAUGGAACAUACGCCACCAUCGGCCAACUCCGACUCAAAUCAUCAUCGCUGUUCGUUCACUUUUCAUACGACAAAUAUGAAAAAUGAUUCGUCGGGAAAAAUCAAUCAGGAAGCAACGGCAUCAAUAUCAAGAAAACGACGAUUGAGUCAGACUGAAACUUACAGUACGAAUUGCGUAAAAACACAAACAAAAAUUGAUAGCAGCUGUCAAUCACAAGCUGUGCCAAUCAAUGCUACUCCAACAACACCAACCCGACCAACGUCUUUAUCAUUAACUAAUCUAGCCUUUAGUCAAUCAACUUCACUUUUACGUACCUGUCUUAGUCAUCCAUCAACAUCGCCAAGUAUAUUUCCUAGUUCGGACGAUAAUGCAUUAUCACCAUUCAAAUUCACAUCUCUACCUGAACUUUCUUCGCCAUCGGCAAAACGUCUUCGUCCACAAACGUUAUGUUUCACGCCAACAUGUUCAUCAGUGACUACCGUUUCGCAUCAGUCAUCUUCAAUCGGUUCGAUUAGUCCAACCGAUCUAGCCGAUAAAAUGAAAGAGAAAAUACCACUGACCAUUUUCGAUUGUGGUUCACCAUUUCGUCAUAGUGAACAUCGUAUACGUAAUUCUAUUCUACUUCGUGUAGCCGAUAAAAUCUCUCGUAAACGUUUGAAGACAAAUGGCAACCAUUCUUCGGCGAUCGACUCGAAACAAUUACAUGAAAGUCAAUUUAUCAUUCUCUAUGAUGAUAACAACAACACACGUCGUCAAUAUUCGAUACCUUCCUCAUCGGAUGAUGAACAGUUGUCAGCAGCGUUUAAAUGCGCGUAUGAAGAAAUUAAACGUUAUCUAACAACCAAUUCUCCCUCAAUACUCAUUCUGAAUUGUCCAUUCAGUCAAUUUCUCGACUUAUACCCACUUUUAUGUGAAUCUCUUCAACCACGAUCCUGUCCAUCAUCCCCAACGAACCACGUCGAUGAAUCAUCACCACCCCAAACAGCUCCUCCGACACACACUUCAUUUUUACUUCCAACAACAACAACAACUGAACAACCUGACAUCGAUAAUCAUCCGAUGACACAUAUCAUCGACGGAUUAUACAUCGGCAGUGAAACGAAUGCCAAAAACCUCGAAGAACUAUCGUCCGAACGAAUACGAUCGAUCGUGAAUGUUACUUCGCACGUGCCUCUAUACCAUUCUGAACAAUUUCAAUACUGUCAUUUACCUGCUGACGAUACGCAAAAACAAAAUCUGUUAGAAUAUUUCGAUCAAGCCUACUCAUUUAUUUGUAAAUCCCUUGAGAAUAAUGAGAAAGUUCUUGUUCACUGCGUUGCUGGUAUCAGUCGCUCGCCGGCCAUCGUUAUCGGUUUUCUCAUGCGUUAUGCAAAAAUGAAUAUGAAUGAUGCAUAUGAUUUCGUGAAGAGAAAACGUUCAAUCGUCUCACCUAAUCUCAAUUUCAUGGGACAAUUAUUAGAAUAUGAAAAGAAGCUAAAACAAGACAAAUAA